AUGGUGAAGCAACGUUGCCUUGAUCUACUAUUCAAUAAAAUACCUUCCAAUUUUAUCGCCUACAUUGAUGAAUGCCAUGUGCCUCGCAAUAAUAAUAAUUGGCUCUGGAAAUGUUUAAUAAAUGAGAAUUGUGAAAAAUAUACUUGCAUACUUGUUACUUCUGAAUUAUACAACUACAAAACUGUUGAGAAUUCUCAUCAGUCACUUAAAGUUCUGCAUACUUAUAAUUAUGAAACUUCCGAAAGUCUUGUAAAUAAGCUGUCAAAGUUAUCUUGUUCUGUUAGAAAACGGAACGAUCAACAAACAGUUAUCUUCAUAGAGUCAUUAUCUUGGUUUUUAAUUGAUUGUCCUAUCGAUUAUGAAUUUGAUUACUGGUGUCAGUUUGUUAUUGGUUCUUUGUUUAAUCUUUCUUUAACACCCUAUGUACAACGAGUAGUUUGUAACUUUAAUCCUGUAAUAGAUAAUUCUAGCAAGGUAUAUUAUGGUGCAUCUUCCACAAUAAUUGAUACACUAGAAGCAUAUGCAACUUCUGUUAUUUACUGCCAGUCGUUGACAGAGAUUUCAAACAGUUUGACGAAUCAGAUCUGUCAAUCUCUGAAAUUAUUUCAUCGUCGUAGCCUUCAGGGUGAGUGUAACAAAUGCUUAGAGAACUCAGUCUCUUUCAACAAGUCUUCAUUUACUGAAUGUGGUACCAUCGAACUUGAUACAAAAGCUUUAAAAAUUCUCAAGUACUCGAUAAAUAAAAAUGAACCAGAUUCUUUACCAGUGCCUAGUCCUUUACCUAAGAGCACUUUUAAUCUAACAAUGACUGAAAGUGAAAAAAUUGCUCGUAGUUUCGUCGUUUUACCGCAUGAUGCAGUACGGCUGUCCAACACAGUGGAGAAAAGUGAAUCUCCUGGUUGUGUUAUUCAGUAUCAGCCUGAUUGUUUUGAUGAUUUGGAUGACGAGGAUCCAGAUGAUGAUUUACAUAUUUGA